AUGACGUCUGUCGAGAAGGUAUCGAUUCUCGGAGCCGAGACCAUCCAUGUGGGAUACGGCAUCCAGGACCACAUUGUCCAGGAGGUAAUUUCACAUCUAGCCUCAUCUACCUAUGUGAUUGUCACAGACACCAACAUGGCCAGAACUACUCCGUUCACCAAGUUGCGUAACAAAUUCGAAAGCAAACUUAAAGAAUUACGUCCGGAGUCCCGUUUGCUUUUCUAUUCAGUUUCACCAGGUGAAAACAACAAAAACAGAGAAACCAAGGCUGCUGUAGAAGACUUCUUAUUGCAACAGGGAUGUACCAGAGACACCGUAAUUCUAGCUGUAGGAGGCGGAGUGAUCGGGGACAUGAUUGGUUUUGUAGCUGCAACCUUUAUGAGAGGGGUCAGAGUCGUUCAGGUUCCCACUAGUUUGUUAGCCAUGGUUGACUCUUCUGUAGGUGGUAAGACUGCCAUAGAUACUCCAUUGGGGAAGAACUUUGUAGGAGCAUUCCACCAGCCGGAGUACGUCUUCGCAGAUGUUUCGUUCUUGGAGACCUUACCAACUAGACAGUUCAUCAACGGAAUGGCUGAAGUCGUUAAGACGGCUGCGAUCUGGAACGAAGAGGAAUUCACUCGCUUGGAGAAGUUCUCCAAGAAGUUCCUCGCUGUAGUUUCUGCCAAAACCCCAGAUUUAAUCUCAAUUAAGGAAGAGUUAGUCAAAACGGUACUUGAAUCUAUUCGUGUAAAGGCUUUUGUCGUUUCGUCCGAUGAGAAGGAAACUGGCUUGAGAAACUUGCUUAACUUUGGUCAUACAAUUGGCCAUGCAAUUGAAGCCGUGUUGACACCCCAAGCUCUCCACGGUGAAUGUGUUUCCAUCGGUAUGAUCAAAGAAGCUGAGUUGGCACGUUAUUUGGGUGUUUUGUCACCUGUAGCAGUCGCUAGAUUGUCGAAGUGUCUUGUAGCUUAUGGUUUACCUGUUUCUAUCGACGAGAAAGACUUUUUGAAGAAGGUGGGAAACAAACGUCACAAUGUGGAAAUUGACAUCUUGUUGAAGAAGAUGGCUAUUGACAAGAAGAAUGACGGUAGUAAGAUUAGGUGUGUCAUCCUCGAAGCCAUCGGAAAGUGCUACCAGUUGAAGGCUCACCAAGUCUCCAAACAAGACUUGAGCUUUGUUCUCACAGAUGAAGUAUUGGUACAUCCAUUUGAUGACAAAUUGAUUCCUAAGACUAACGUCGUCAUUCCUCCAGGCUCCAAGUCCAUCUCUAACAGAGCGUUGGUGUUAGCUGCCUUGGGUACUGGUACUGUCAGAAUCAAGAACUUGUUGCACUCUGACGAUACCAAACACAUGUUGGAGGCAGUUGCUUCUUUGAAGGGAGCUUCUAUCUCUACCGAAGACAAUGGUGAAACCAUUGUCGUCACUGGAAAUGGUGGAAAGCUCGUAUCUUGCGACGAGCAAUUGUACUUAGGUAACGCCGGUACAGCCUCCAGAUUCUUGACUUCUGUUGCACCUCUCGUAGGUAUUAACCCUCAAUCUGGUGAACAUGUAGUUUUAACAGGUAAUGCCAGAAUGCAGGAAAGGCCAAUUGGACCUUUGGUGGACGCUUUGAGAGCCAAUGGCUCGGAAAUCGACUACCUCAACAAGGAAGGAUCGUUACCAUUGAAGGUUAAGGCAGGUAAGGGCUUGAACGGUGGAAGAAUAGAGUUAGCUGCUACUAUUUCGUCACAAUACGUUUCUUCCAUCUUGAUGUGUGCUCCUUACGCCAAUGAGCCGGUUACUUUGUCGCUCGUAGGAGGUAAGCCAAUCUCGCAGUUGUACAUCAACAUGACGAUUGCCAUGAUGAAGACGUUUGGGAUUGUCGUGACCAAGUCCGAAACUGAAGAACACACUUACCACAUUCCCCGUGGAUCUUACGUAAACCCUAAGGAAUACGUUAUCGAAUCAGAUGCUUCUUCAGCUACUUACCCAUUGGCUUUUGCUGCCUUGACAGGAACAUCUUGUACGAUUCCAAACAUCGGUUCUUCUUCUUUACAGGGAGACGCAAGGUUUGCUGUUGAUGUUUUGAGACCUAUGGGCUGUGAAGUGGUUCAGACUGCUACUUCCACUACUGUCACUGGUCCAUCUGUAGGAAACUUGAAGCCUUUGCCCCAUGUAGAUAUGGAGCCAAUGACGGAUGCUUUCCUUACUGCUUCUGUAGUCGCCGCUGUAGCCAAGAACGGCACGCAGUCUACCUCUAUUACUGGUAUCGCCAACCAGAGAGUGAAGGAAUGUAAUCGUAUCGCCGCUAUGGUAUCUGAAUUGGCCAAAUUUGGUGUUGUAGCCAACGAGUUGCCAGACGGAAUUGAAAUCCAUGGAAUUUCACCAAAUGACUUGGUUACCCCAUCCACAGAAAAGCGUGGAAUCAAAACUUUUGACGAUCACAGAGUGGCCAUGUCGUUUUCGCUUUUGGCUGGUUUGUGUAAGGAUAAGGUACUCAUUCAAGAAAGAUCUUGUACUGGUAAGACCUGGCCGGGAUGGUGGGACAUCUUACACACCAAGUUCAAGGUUGCUAUCGAUGGCUACGAGCUUCCAUUACAACACGAAGACAGUACUGCCUUGGUUGAAAAACAUGGUAAUGGUAAGAGAAGUAUCAUCGUUAUUGGAAUGAGAGGCGCUGGGAAGUCCACCUUGUCGAAGUGGAUGGCUUCCUUCUUGGGCUUCAAGCUUGUAGACUUGGACGAUGUUCUUGAAGAAAAAAUUGGCACUGAUAUCAGGUCGUUUGUACAACAGCAAGGCUGGGAAGAAUUCCGUAAGCAAGAAGCAAUUGUAGCUAAAGAAUCUUUCAUUAAGUUCUCUGAAGGCUGUGUAUUGUCUACUGGGGGUGGAAUUGUAGAAGGCGAAGAGGCUAGAGAAUCCUUAAAGAGCUAUGUAAAGUCUGGUGGAAUUGUCUUACACUUACAUCGUGAUUUGGACGAGACCGUUGUACUUCUUUCUGCGGACACAACUAGACCAGCCUACGUGGAUGAAAUCAAACAGGUUUGGUUACGUAGAGAAAAUUGGUACCGUGAAUGUUCUAACUAUCACUUCUAUUCAGCACAUUGUUCCAGUGAUGCCGAAUUCAAGCACUUGCGAAACUCCUUCACUACUUACAUCAAGACCAUCACCGGCUUCCAUGUGGCUCAGAUUCCUAAGAAGAGGUCCUUCUACACUAGUUUGACGUUCUCUGACUUGACUGAAGUUGCUUCAUCCUUGGAAGACAUCUCCACAGGUUCUGAUGCCAUCGAAUUAAGAGUUGACCUUUUGAAGGAAACGACUCAUACUUUCGUUGCUGACCAAACUGCCAUCUUGAGAAAGUCGACUAAUCUUCCGAUCAUCUACACUAUCAGAACAGAAUCACAAGGAGGAAAGUUCCCCGACAACAAAUUCGAAGAGCUCGAAGAGUUGUUGGCUUUGGGUAUUAAGUUAGGUGUGCAAUACUUGGACCUUCAGUUAGACUUGCCUAAUGACUUGCUUGAAAGAAUUUUGGAAUCGAAGAAGUUCACCAAGAUCAUUGCUUCCUACGUUGAUGUUUCUGGCUCAUUAAGAUGGGAUAACGUCGAAUGGAAAAACAGAUACAAUCAGGGUGUUUCUCUUGGUGCUGACCUUGUCAAGUUGGUUGGAAGAGCCAAUCUGUUCCAAGAUAACUUGAGCUUGGAAGUAUUCAGAGGCACCAGCACAUUGAAGCCUUUAAUUGCCUACAAUGUUGGUGAAAAAGGUAAGUUGUCUAGAGUGUUGAACCCAAGAUUGACUCCAGUUACUCACGCAAAGAUUCCUGCCGAAUCUGGUAACGAAGGAGCAUUGGAUGUCGCUCAGAUCAACAAAGCGUACACUGACAUUGGUGGCUUGUCAGAGAAGCACUUCUGGAUUGUCGGCAACCCUGUUGGCCAUAGUCGUUCUCCCAACUUGCACAAUGCUGGCUACAAGAAGUUGAACUUGCCAUACGUGUUUGACAGAUUUGAGACAUCUGAUGCUGGAGAAGCAUUUCAGAAAUUGAUCAAAGAAGACAAGAACUUCGGCGGUUUGGCUGUGACCAUGCCCUUGAAGGUUGAUAUCAUGAAAUACACUGAUAAGUUGUCUGAUUCAGCUCAAGUUAUUGGCGCUGUUAAUACUGUGAUUGAAUUGGAGGGCGAACAAGGAAAGUAUUUGGGUGAGAACACCGACUGGGUUGGUAUUUCAGAGUCUUUUGUUAGGGAUGGAAUUCCCAACCUUGAAAACGUCAAUGUCAACGGUUUGGUUGUCGGUGGUGGAGGCACUUCUCGUGCUGCUGUCUACGCUUUGCACCAAUUAGGUUGCAAAAAGAUCUACAUGCUCAAUCGUACGGUUUCCAAGAUUCAAGAGAUUCAGAAGAACUUCCCUGCUGAGUAUAACAUUGAAAUUUUGGACAGUGUUGAAGCUGUUGAAGCUGCACAACCUAUCUCGUUGAUUGUUUCUUGUAUUCCAGCAGACAAGCCAAUUGACGAGCAAUUGUUGAACAAGCUUGAGAGAGUAUUGUACGUUGGAGGUGAAGCCAAGAUUGGUGGAUUCACCCCUUCCUUAUUAGAAGCUUCCUACAAGCCCAGAGUUACUCCUAUCAUGAAGAUCGCUCUGGAGAAGUAUGAGUGGAACGUGAUUCCUGGUGUGGAAAUGUUGGUGAACCAAGGCAUUACGCAAUUUCAGUUGCACACUGGUUUUGUUGCCCCCUACGAUGUGGUUCACGAUGCUGUUGUGAACCAAUGAAGUACUAGUAUAUACAAAAAGUUGAUAAGACCAUAUACAAUUAUUCU